UACCAGCGCUGGGACUCUCAUCUACAUUUGUAAUUUACAAUCAUGUUCUUCUUGCCUUACGAUACAUGAUUUCAGCGAUCUGGGUCUAGACCAUCUGGGCAGUCUUGUGCAAUCGUCGAUAAUAACAGCCAAAAGGGUCAAAUUGCACCCUCGGGCCGCAUACUUGUGAUACAUCACCAGCAUCCUCUGUCUGAUUAGUACCACGAUCUUAUCCCAGCAACCGCAACCAUGACAAAAGACUGGGAUGCAGUGCAAGAUGAGAUUAAAGAGCUGUCUUUCAAUCAGAAGAAGCGCUUGGAGGAGGUCAAAGACUUGAUGGAACGGAAGUACAAGUUCAGAGCUUCGACUAGAGCGUACCGAAUGAAGCUCAAAGAAUGGGGGCUUAUGCGACAAAAAGGGCGGAAGGCGCGUCUGGAGCGAAAUCGUGCCGGCAGCUCUGGAUGUGAGCGCGAUAACGAAGAACCAAGAGCACCAUCAGCGACAGCUGAGCCUAUGUCCAUCGAUUCGGAGUCUUUGGAGCAUCGCACGAAGACUGGCGGAUGGCAAGUCGUAAGCAGUGUAGGGCUCACAGUUGCCGAGCCUACCUUUAUGGGUCUACUUAGCCAGACCGCGAACCUACAACCGUCCAUUGAUAUCCCUGUAUGGAUGCAAGAUCCACCGAUUGCAUCGAACGCCCUUCAAAACAUGCUUGGUUGCGUUUUGGAUAAUGAAUGUGAGAAGUUGGAGAAACUCUUAAUGGCACACAUGAACGAAGUCAACGAUCCCAUCGGCAUGCCUUUUGAGUUGCCUAGCAGUCGCUUCUCCAGUCACCCGGCUUUGAGUCAGAUGUUUGUUAUGCAACAUCCUCGUCAGACGUUGCUCGAUAUCGCUUGCGGGAUGCCGAACGGACCCGUGGUUUGGGUGCUGCUCUCGUAUGGCGCAAAAGGCUCGACGCACCCCCUGGGCAUUGAUCUAGCACUGCACAACGCCAUCAAGAACGGCCGACAUUACACCGUUCAAGCGCUGCUCAUACCUGGUCGGUCAAAUGUGAAUGGUCUUCCCGACAAUCGCUGGAAGCCGUUACUGCAAGCCGUUUUCUGGACUGGACCUGAGGUUGUAAACAUCCUACUCAAGCGAGGUGCGAGAGUAGACGAUGUUGGGCCAUCUCCUACCAGUCCGGGCAUCGGCACAGCUUUGCAAUUGUGCCUGGAACUCCGAGCUUGCAAUUAUGGUGAUGAGGCGGUUCGGUCCAAGUGCAACGAGAACCUAAAGUUGCUGCUCAAUGCUGGAGCGAGCGUCCACGUCCCACCUCCUGAAGGGUCAUCUGCUUCUCCUUUCGAGAAGUUCAUCGAACCUUGGCAGAACUAUGACCACUGGAAUAUGAGGCUGAGCUGGGAAGAAAUGGACUGUCUCGGAACCUUUGUGGAGAAGGGCGCGGAUCUCUCAGCAAAAUUCUUUGCUAGUCCCUGCGCAGCCGGCUCGAGCAACACGUUCAUCCACCAAGCCCUAUGGCAUUCGCCUCCAUGUAUCUCGCGACAAGUGGUGCACGAAUACUCCAACAACGCUCCCAUCAGUGGUGGAUUGAUGCUUCACGAAGUAGUCGGAAGUUGUGCAGAUGCGAAGAGACAUUGCGCAGAGGCGCUCGGUGACAUCGAGAUACUGUUGAACAGAGGCGUCGACCCAAAUGUGCUCGACAGUUUUGGAAUGACGCCGCUGAGAAAGUGUAUUGAGCAAGCUUCGGCUACCGACGUAGCGGCAUUGACGCAGAAGUUGCUUGAUGGCGGUGCGGAUCCUGAGUAUGAAGACGUCGAUGGCAUUCAGCCGUAUGCUGUUGCAGCGCUCACUUUAGCGGAGCCUGUGCGGACGGAAGUCCUCCACGCCAUGCUCGCAAAGAUGCUGGGACUCCACAACAAAACUCAGGAAGGCAGAACCUACAGGUGGCAAGCUGGCUUGUUUCCUAUUCCUGAGAAUCCCACCUAUCAGCAAGUAUUGGCUUGUACAAAACCUGACGACGACUUUCAACUUUCCAUGCAUGAGAUGGUCCCUCUCGAUGUUCAGCCAAUUUUCCAGCGCGCUUAUCUCGCCAUCAUUAGUAGCUGGCUUCUCGAGAGGAUCACGAAAGAAGCGGCAUCGAAGAAAAUCAGCGAAAAUGACAGAUGGGACAUAUCUUCCGUACUGUCGUUGCGGAAGGCAGCCAAUCUGCCUAACUAUCAAUUUGACCAAGGACUCAUUAUAGUCUUACUCGACUUCCCUAACAUCAGCACAAUCAAACCUAGCUCUGCUCCUACGACGACACCGCAAUCAACUACGGAACCCCUUUCUAGGAACAGCACUCCUCAAACAACAAUUCUCCCCGACUCUGCCGUGUCGGACACCGCCCCAGCAUACCCACCGUUCCAGCUGAACACGAACAGCCCGUCCACCUUGAGUCAUACUUCGCCGAUUUCUAGGCCAAAUGUCAGCAAUGAUGCUUUCGUAGGCGACACCACGCAGAUUCGUUGGCUUGACCCGGAGUCGAAGCGAGCGCCUGCACUAGCUGCCGCCUAUGUGCUUCAGUACAAGUGCGCAGUAUGUGCUCAUGAUCGACUCCUGACAAAGUCUGAGUUACAGAAACACGAAAUUGAGCACGCACAUACUGCGGAAUGCGAUGGUGUUGGAUGCACACGACGGUUCUGCAAAGAAACCCUGAAUAGGAAGAAGGAAGAGAUUGGAUGCCAAGAUCAUCUGUUCGCAGACAACAUAUGAUUGAUCAUUAUGCGCGACCCUUCUCGGAUUCUUCGGACUAAAUCAUGAACCUGCGGUUCUGAUUGCCGCUGAAUCAAGACGAUCCAAGUCUUCGGUGGUGGCUAGGGCGGUGAUCUCGAGCGUAAAA